AGGUAAUUGUGCAGCUUCCUUUGCGACAUCAUUUAGAGCAAUUUUGUAUAGUUUAUAUAAAACGUAUGUCACGCGAAGGAUGCCAUAUUGUUUGUGGUUUGUUUGAGUGACAAGAUGACACGACUCUUUUGUAUCUGCUUGAGUGUUUGUGCAUUUGCUGGUUGGAGUGAUGCAGUUUCCACAAAGAUGGACUUCGCUGGCGAUGAAAUAGUAGCGACAGUUACAAAUUCCACCAAAGUGGAAGACGAAGACGUUGAAGUACAGCAUACGAUUGUCUUGUCUACCAAACUGAAAAACAAUAAUAGAAGAGGAUUGCAUGGUUCUAGCGAGGGUGACACAGGUACACUUUCAUAUAACAUUGGCAAGAAAGAAGCAAAGGAAGACAGCGGUGAAGUACCCGUAGUAAACGGAUACAAAUCAGUUGAAACCACACAAAUCAGAACACCUGACACUCGUAUAAGGAACAGAGCAAAGAUUUAUCCUGAGUCAACAUUUAUAAACAGAAAUGUACGUGACGAGUUGGAUAUUUACCCUAAUUAUAUAACAAACCCUUCGCAGUGGCAGCCUUCCAGUUUCUACAAUAAUAUAAAUUGGAUGGCUCAAGAGGUGCCUAACACAGAAUAUAAUACAGGAUGGAAGAUAAGUAGACCCGCUUAUCAGACUCCUGGGAAAUUCCAUAGAGGGAUAACAGAUGAUGGACUCAAGGAGUUUUAUUGCAAGAAGUGUAGGGAGCUGAAUGGACAGGGCAUGAGAUGCCCUCCGGCCUCACAAAGACGCAACUCAUGGCUCUAUGAGACCACAACUCCAAAGAUUAAGUUGGACGGCAAAUUGGCGAAAUUAAACUAAUUUGUUUGCGGU